AUGUUUAAUAAAAUAUUCCAAAUUUUUUUAAAUUUAAAUAAAAAUAUUUUAUUUAUUUUAUUAUUUUUUCUAAUUUUUUUAUUAAAAGAAAAUGUUUUUUGUGAUUAUUCCCUUGAAUGUAAUUCUGGUUAUCGUGUUUCUGCCAUUAGAAGGGCUAAUUCUGAUAGACAAAGAGGGAAAGUUGGUUCAAUUAGUAUUGAAUGCCAGCCAUUAUUAAGUGGCCAAAUAGUUAAAGAAAAGGUUAAAUGUUCCCCUCUUAAUAUUGCCCCUCAAUGUAAUGGCCAACUUGAAGGAUGUAAUAAUUCCCAAUGGCUUGGUGGUUUUAAUGUUUAUGAACUUGAUAAUAAAACAAAUGCAAUUCUUCUGGACCCAAUUUGUUGUGAAUCUCCCGAUUUAUUACAAAUUGAUCAAAAAAGUUGUGUUUCGGAAAGAUUAAAUUUCCCAAAAUUAUCUUUUGAACAUUCAAUUUCGAAUUCUGAUUUUGUUUACAAGUUUUUUUUGAAAAGUUUAUUUAAAAAUAUUUUUUUCAAAAAAAAAAGAGGUAUAAAUUGUUGGCAUCAAUUUAAUCCAGACGGGACAACGGCAGAUUUAAUUUUUAAAAUAGAAAUUUGUCAAAUAAAAAGAAAAGAAACAAAAAAUGAGGAAAAUAAAAACAAAAUUAAUUUUGUUUUUUUGGAUUCUUCAAAUUUAGGUUUGAGAAAAAAAUUUUUUUUAAAUUUCUUUUUCAAAGGUAAAUGUCCAUCAUGUGAUUGCCAUAAUUGUGGAAUUAAUUUAUGUGGAAAUGGGGAUGAACCUAUUCGAGUUGUUCACAAACAUUUUAGUAAAAAAAGGUGUGCCUGUGAUUGUAUUUGUCGUUAUGAAUGUAUUGGAAAUUAA